GCAGAAACGGAAGUUGAUAUUCACUCUCAGUGCAGCUGCUACAACUUUAUUCCUUCAUGAAGAGACACUGAGACUUAUAACGAGUUAUUCCUUCAUGAACACACACUGAAGUUCAUCUGAUCGAGGAUAAAGCGAGUCUGCUGCUGUUCAUCUGCGGUCAUGGGCUCUCUGUUCCGCAGUGAAGAGGUGUGUCUGGUGCAGCUCUUCCUCCAGUCCGGAUCCGCCUACAACUGCGUCAGUGAGCUGGGAGAGCUGGGAAUCGUGGAGUUCAGAGACCUGAAUCCGAAUGUCAACGCGUUCCAGAGGAAGUUUGUGAAUGAAGUGAGGAGAUGCGAGGAGCUGGAGAAAACCUUCGGGUUUUUGGAGCAGGAGAUUUCCCGCAGUCUCUCUCAGAAGCUGCAGCCGCCCAUCCCGACCCCUCCGGCCCCUCAGCCCCGAGAGCUGCUGACCAUCGAGGAGGAGAGCGAGCGUCUGGCCCGAGAGCUCAGGGAGGUGUCCAGGAACAGAGACAGUCUGCGCUCUCAGUUCACUCAGCUGUGUCAGUACAGAGGCGUUCUGAAGCAGACGCACUCUCUCACAGCCUCACAGGCCCCGCUGGUGUCGUUCGAGCCCAUGGCUGUGGCGGAGAACCGGCAGGACGUCAGGCUGAGCUUCGUGGCCGGCGUGGUUCAUCCGUGGAAAGUGCCGGCCUUCGAGCGGCUGCUGUGGCGCGCUUGCCGUGGAUACAUCAUCGUGGACUUCCAUGAGAUGGAAGAGAAACUGGAACAUCCUGAUUCUGGCGAGGAGGUGCAGUGGACCGUGUUUUUAAUCUCCUUCUGGGGAGAUCAGAUCGGUCAGAAGGUGAAGAAGAUCUGUGAUUGCUUCCACACACAAACCUUCCCAUACCCGGAGAACCAGGCCGAGAGGGAGGAGACCCUCAAUGGACUCCGAGGGAGAAUCGAGGACAUCCGAUCGGUGAUGGGCGAGACGGAGCAGUACAUGCAGCAGCUGCUGGUGCGAGCGCUGGCCCGGCUGCCCGAGUGGCUGGUGCAGGUUCAGAAGUGUAAGGCUGUGCAGACGGUGCUGAACCUCUGCAGCCCGUCCGUCACCGACAAGUGUCUGAUCGCAGAGGCCUGGUGUCCCGUCAGCCAGCUGACCGCCCUGCAGAGCGCCCUGAGAGAGGGAGGGAGGAAGAGUGGCAGUAGUGUGGACUCGUUCUACAACCGUCUGCCGGCCUCCACCGCUCCUCCGACUCUCUUCCCCACAAACGCCUUCACUGCAGGAUUCCAGAACAUCGUCGACGCUUAUGGAGUGGCGAGUUACAGGGAGGUGAACCCAGCCGUCUACACCAUCAUCACGUUUCCCUUCCUGUUUGCUGUGAUGUUCGGGGACGUUGGACACGGUCUGCUGAUGUCACUGGUGGGUCUCUGGAUGGUUCUGGAGGAGAAGGAUCCGAAAAUGAGGAAAAACACUAAUGAAAUCUGGCGUAUGAUGUUCGGAGGCCGAUAUCUGAUUCUGUUGAUGGGACUGUUCUCGAUCUACACCGGAGCCAUUUACAACGAGUGUUUCAGCAGAGGACUGAGCACCUUCUCCUCAGGGUGGCACGUCCGGCCUAAUGCAGAGCACUACAACUGGACUGAGGAGACUUUCAGAAAGAAUCAGUAUCUGGUGCUGGACCCAAACGUCACAGGUGUUUUCACCGGUCCGUAUCCUUUUGGGAUUGAUCCUAUCUGGGGUCUGGCCAACAACCACCUGACGUUCCUCAACAGCUACAAGAUGAAGAUGUCUGUCAUUAUUGGAGUCAUCCACAUGACCUUCGGUGUGUGUUUAUCCUUCUUCAACUUCGUACACUUCAGAGAUAUCGGCAGCGUGUUUCUGGUGCUGAUCCCGGAGUUGUGCUUCAUGCUGUGUCUGUUUGGAUACCUGAUCUUCAUGGUGAUCUAUAAGUGGGUGGUGUUCGGCCCUGUGAACUCUGACAUCGCCCCCAGCAUCCUCAUCCACUUCAUAGACAUGUUCCUGUUCACUGAGAACAAGGACAACAAACCCCUCUAUACGGGACAGAUGGUGGUGCAGAAGGUUCUGGUGAUCGUGGCGGUGUUGUCUGUUCCUGUGCUGCUCCUGGGGAAGCCCAUGCAGGAGUACAUCACACACCGGAUGAAGAGGACGCAGCUUUCAGGAGACAGACGUCCUCUGCUGGCGGAAAACGGUUCUAUAAAUGCCCACCAGGGAGAAGCGGAUACAAGAGGAGGAGGAGAAGAGGAGGAGUUUGACGCAGCGAACGUGUUCAUGCACCAGGCGAUCCACACCAUCGAGUACUGUCUGGGCUGCAUCUCUAACACCGCCUCGUACCUGCGGCUCUGGGCGCUCAGCCUGGCUCACGCCCAGCUAUCCGAGGUGCUGUGGUUGAUGGUGAUGCGGAUCUCCUUCCAGCAGCUCAGUUAUGUGGGCUCCGUCAUCAUGGUGUUCAUAUUCGCGGCCUUCGCUGUGCUGACUGUGUCCAUCCUGCUCAUCAUGGAAGGACUGUCCGCCUUUCUACACGCUCUUCGACUUCACUGGGUGGAGUUUCAGAAUAAGUUCUACAGCGGAUCAGGCUACAAGCUCACUCCGUUUGCCUUCUCAUCGGGAUUCGGCGGCUUCUGACCCAUGAUCCUCCAGUAGUCACGUGACUGAACAGAGCUGGAAUUAUUCUGCUGGGGCCACAAAACAUUUUAAAAUGCAUUACUGAAGCAUCUUUCGUUUUCUUUUAUAUUUUAAACUUGACUGCCACUGUACAAAAACUCUGAGGUGAAAAAUGUUUAACACUCUGUUAUGAAUCCACAUCAUAUCUUUGACACGGCAACACUAUCUUUGAGUCUUUUAGUCGAGUGAAUGUGGUUUUUAAUUGAAGUCUGCAGCCCAGAUAAAAUAAAGUUAUUUUAACUCUUCAUGAUUAUCAUGACAGCCAGCAAAUGAUGGUUUAACGUACAAUGAGAUGAUUUAGCAGAUAUACAUUGUUGACUUCAGCUUGUUAAUCAGUAAAUUAAAGUGUUUUGAUUUACUGCAUUUUUGAAAGGGAAUCAUCUUCCGUCCAGGUUUUCUUUUAUUGUUGCUUUUCUGUUAUUACAAUGAAUUUUUCUUUUAAUUUUGGAGCUGAAUCACAAAGUGCUUACAGUGAUACGCUGAUCAAUAAAGACCAAAGUCUCUCACUACA